GGAGAACGUGAAAGUGCAAAGUUCUUUCCAAAUACUCCAGCGAAAAUUUGCUCAUGGAAAAGGAUAAGGAAAUAUAUAUAUAUUUCCAGUGCUAGUGACUGAAGCGCCCUGAAGUUAUCCAGAGUGUUUUGAGCAGUCUUCCCGAAACGCACGCACGCCGUACAAAAACGCGAUGCAUUUUGGCUAAAAAACGAUCAAGCACAUCGUCCCAUGUUUACCUAACACCAUGCGCCAGAUGGUGUAUGGAAAUGAACACAACUCGCUUGGAAUCGAUAUGGAUUCGUUAGCUGAGCUGUCUUGUGAGUCGAUGAGUAUAAUGGCUGCACCAAACGUGGUUAGCAGUGGCAACAAACGGAAACAAAACAGCUCCACCCAACCAGAGCUUGCGACGCUGUCCCGUGAGGAACGAAGAAGACGCCGGAGAGCAACUUUAAAAUACCGAACAGCACAUGCGACCAGAGAGCGUGUUCGAGUGGAAGCGUUCAACGUGGCGUUCACAGAACUAAGGAAAUUGUUACCAACCUUACCUCCCGAUAAAAAGCUUUCGAAGAUCGAAAUCUUGAAACUUGCUAUAUGUUACAUUGCAUAUCUAAACCACGUCCUAGAAGCAUAACAAGAAAAACUUAGUUGAUUUUUAUUUGAGUUGUUUUUUGUAUAUAGUAAUUUAUGUUUGCAUGAAAGAGAAAAAAAAUAAAACACUAAACUUUUUGUUAAACUUUUUUACGCGUUGGCGCUUCGCCGGGUCUGGUGGCGCAGUGGUUAGCGUGGUAGCCUCUCACCCCAGUAUGGCCUGGGUUCAAUUCCAGACGGACCCGGUGGCAUUUUUCGAGACGAGAUUUGCCUGAUCACGCCUUCUAUCGGAUGGGGAAG